AUGAUAAACUCCACACAGUUUUCAUAUUUUACACUUGUUGCUUACUUCGACACUGGGGCUUUUAAAUAUUUGUAUUUCAUGAUUGUCAUGUCUUUAUAUAUGUUAAUUGUUUGUGUGAAUCUUCUGCUCAUUGUGGUUAUCUGUAUGAACAGAAGCUUACAUGAACCUAUGUACCUUUUUCUGUGCAGCCUGUUUGUAAAUGAGCUGUAUGGUAGUACAGGGUUGUUUCCAUUCCUUCUGCUUCAGAUUCUCUCUGACAUUCACACUGUUUCUGCUCCCUUUUGUUUCCUGCAGAUUUUCUGUGGGUCUUAUGGAUGUGUAGAAUUUCUGAACUUAGCCAUCAUGUCUUAUGACCGAUAUCUUGCUAUCUGUUAUCCUCUACAAUACAACACACGCAUGACGUCUAAAAAGAUUGCUCUGCUUAUUGCUGUAACGUGGUUAUUCCCUUUUCUUGCAAUUGCUGUAUUGAUAGCACUGAGUGCACCUUUAAAGCUCUGCGGGAACAUCAUUAACAAAGUUUACUGUGGAAACUACUCUAUUGUUAAACUGGCCUGCUCUGACACCACAGUCAAUAACAUUUAUGGACUGAUUUCCACCGUCAUCUCCGUCAUCGUUCCUCUCAUUUUAAUCCUUUUCUCUUACAUGAAGAUCCUCAAAGUUUGUUUUUCUGGUUCUAAGCAGACCAGACAAAAAGCUGUCAGUACCUGCACUCCUCACCUUGUGUCUCUGCUCAACUUUUCUUUUGGUAGCUGUUUUCAAAUAUUACAGAGCAGGUUUGAUAUGAGCACUGUACCCAGUGUGUCAGACAUUUUUUUAUCAUUAUACUUUAUAACAUGCCAGCCUCUCUUUACCCCCAUACUAUACGGGCUGAAAAUGUCCAAAAUCCGCUACAUCUGCAAGCGUCUGCUGUGUGGUGAAGUAUAG